AUGGAAGGAUUCAUGCGAGUGAUCUGCACUCAGAUGCUGGAUAUCUUGGACAGUGAAGAUGCGAUGGAGCAGAUCCACCGAAUGCAUUGCUACGGCAUCAUACGGCAGAAUGAAAGCCAAUGCAUGUCAUAUACUAGUCUAGGAUGUGUUGCUGUUAAGCUGCGAUCAAUGCUCAGCAACGAUAUCCAUUUCAACCAAUAUCUAGAAGAACCUACCUUUGCAAUUGAGCUUAUGCCACAAAUAUAUAGCUCAAAAUGGUAUCAACAGUAUAAUUGA